UACAAUUAUUAGUUAACCCUAGAAAUUCCAGGAUUUCCGGUAGGCCAAUAUAAUCUUCAAUCGUGUGUUUCACAGUAUCAGUUACCGAACACGAGCACAGCGGUAGCACUCCUACCGAUUUGGAAGAAUGGCAUACACGGCGAUGAAGCCAAUGAAGCCUGGUAUGGAGGAGCCCCAGGAGCAAAUCCAUAAGAUCAGAAUCACUCUUUCUUCUAAGAAUGUCAAAAACCUUGAGAAAGUUUGCAGUGAUUUGGUCCGAGGUGCCAAGGACAAGACCCUUAGGGUUAAGGGACCAGUUAGGAUCCCCACAAAAGUUCUUCUUAUCACUACCAGAAAGGCUCCAUGCGGAGAAGGUACCAACACUUGGGACAGGUUUGAACUUCGCGUACACAAGAGGGUGAUUGACCUCUUCAGUUCACCUGAAGUUGUGAAACAGAUAACCUCAAUUACCAUUGAACCAGGGGUUGAAGUUGAAGUCACCAUUGCAGAUUCUUAGUUUUUAUGUAUUUAGCAAUUAAUUUACUAAAUUUAAUUGCUGAAUGAAUUUUUGGAUUUCUGUUCACAUCUUCUCAUGGACAUGAAUGCAGUAGGUUUUUAUAGCAUUAGGGUUUAGACAAAUUUGUUAUUCAAGAAAAGCAUUGGG